AUGUCGACUUCAGAAUUAUACGUGCCAUUGGGCCAAGGUGCCGGGUAUGGUGUGGUUCUUGGACUCGGGCUUUUUUUCGCUGCUGGGAUGAUGUUGAUCACCUACGUGUUGAAGAGAUACAACCGUGAAGUUAUGACUGCUGAAGAGUUUUCUACCGCCGGUAGAUCCGUUAAGAAGUUCUUGAUCAGUGCUUGUGUGGUGAGUUCGUGGACCUGGAGUGCUACGCUUUUGACCUCCACCACCCAGACCUAUAAAAAUGGUAUUUCAGGUGCUUUCUACUAUGCUUCUGGUGCUACUUGCCAGAUUAUUUUAUUCAGUUGUUUGGCCAUUAAAGCUAAAGAAAGAGCUCCGGGAGCCCACACUUAUCUUGAAAUAGUCAAGGCCCGGUACGGUAAGACCACCCAUUUGGUUUACUGUACUUGGGGUAUUAUUACCAAUAUUUUGGUUACUGCCAUGUUGUUGGCUGGUGGUUCUGGUGUGGUAAGCGACUUGACAGGAAUGGAUGUAUCAGCUGCGUGUUUGUUGAUUCCAUUGGGAGUUGUGAUCUAUACGUUGUUCGGAGGAUUAAAGGCCACCUUUAUCACCGAUUAUGUCCAUGGAGCUGCCGUGGUGAUCCUUGCCAUGAUCUUUGGAUUUGUCGUGUGGUCCACCGACAGUGAGCUUGGAUCUCCUGGAAAAGUAUGGGAGUUGGUGACCCAGGUGGGAAUCGACAAGCCCCGGGAAGGAAAUGCCGAUGGUAGUUACUUGACUAUGCACUCCCGGUCCGGGGGUAUUUUUUUUGUGGUGAACAUUGUGGGUAACUUUGGUACUGUGUUUUUGGACAAUGGAUACUUUAACAAGGCAUUUGCUGCCAACCCAGCAGCUGCCAUGCCUGGAUACGUGAUGGGUGGAUUGGCCUGGUUUGCCAUUCCAUUCUUCCUUGCCACCACUAUGGGAAUGGCUGCCUUGGCUUUAGAAAACUCCCCUGCCUGGCCCACUUACCCCCGUUCUUUGAGUACCUACGAAAUCAACGCUGGUUUGGUGUUACCCAACGCCGCCGUGGCCUUGUUGGGUAAGGGAGGGGCAGUUGCCGCCUUGUUCUUAUCGUUCACAGCCGUGACAUCGGCCAUGUCGUCGGAAUUGAUUGCUGUGUCUUCGAUUGUGACUUUUGAUUUCUACAGAACCUACUUUAACCCCAAUGCCAGUGGUAAACGGUUGAUGAUGGUGUCCCACAUCUCGGUGUCAAUCUUUGCCUAUGUUAUGGCCGGGUUCGCUAUUGGAUUAUACUAUGCUGGUGUAUCAAUGGGAUACUUGUACGAGUUGAUGGGAGUGAUUAUUGGUGGAGCCGUAUUGCCUCUGGCAUUGACUCUUUUGAGCACCAAACAGAAUGCUGCUGCUGCUAUCUGGACCCCUCCUAUUGCCACCGGUUUGGCCAUCAUGGCCUGGUUGGCCACCACCAAGGGUUUAUUUGGUUCUAUUACUGUUGACACCACUUUUGAAGAUGAUGCCAUGUUGACCGGUAAUGUGGUUGCAUUAUUGACCCCUGCCAUCACCAUUCCAAUUCUUACGUGGGCGUUCAAGCCUCAGAACUUUGACUGGGACGUGUUAAAGAGCAUCACCAGGGUUAGCGAAGAAGAAGAGUUGAUCGAGGCCGAAACUGGUAUGGUUCCAGUAUCGCAGGAUUUGGAAAAGGAUGCUGGCUCCGUAUCCAAGAUGGAACCAAUUACUUCCCAGGUGUCUCGGGUUGCAAGUGAAAUCGCUAUGGUCAACAAGGACAAGUAUGCAGAAGAAAGUGCCAUGUUGGCUAAGUCGUUCAAGAUUGUGGUUGCUCUUUGUGCCUUUUUAACCAUUUCUAUGGUGGUGAUUUGGCCAAUGCCUAUGUACGGAAGUUCUUACAUUUUCAGUAAGAAGUUCUUUACCGGAUGGAUUGUGGUUGGAUUUAUGUGGAUCUUUUUCACUGCUGGAGUGACUAUUAUCGGUCCAGUGUAUGAGAGUAGAGGAUCUAUUGCCAAUACUUUCAGGUGUAUUUUCUGGGAUUUGACAGGUCGGGGUUACAAGGUCAAAGAGUGGCAAAAUGCCAACAUGGAGAAGUUACACUCCGUGAGAUCUCAAGUCCGGGCUCAUUUGGAUAGCCAGUUGAGCACCGAGGUGGUUGAGGCCAGAAACAUCGACGAGUACAUCAGUAAUGAUGAGCUGGAAGAGAAGAAGUGA